AUGUCCCCACAGAUGCUAAUGCAGGCAAUCACAAACAUCUCUCCUCCGUUCCUAUUUUUUCUUUCAUUACAAUCACCCAAGCAGCCUCUGCCAUUUCUAAGAAGAUUGAUGGCCGAUUUGAAUGAAAUUCGAAGAAUAUAUGACAUUGUGGAUGAAAAUGCAGAUGGAAUGGUAAGCGUUGAUGAAAUGUGCGGCUUCAUUAACAGGCUCGGAAUAGCACUGUCGGAACAAGAUCUGAGAUGCAUUCUCAACAAAAAUCUUCAGGAGGACCUGCCAUUUGAGGAAUUUGUUGAUUUUUAUCAAUCCAUCUUCAAUCAUCAAGUCGAUGGAGAGAAAGACGAGUCCGAGGAUCUGUUGGAGGCGUUCAGGGUUUUUCACCAGAACAAAGAUGGGUACAUUUCUUCUAAAGAGCUUCAGAAGGUGUUGUCCACAAUGGGAUUGAUUCCUCGGGGACAAGAUUCGCAAUAUUGCGAGAAAAUGAUAUGCAGAUUUGAUUCGGACUGCAAUGGAGUUCUGGAUUUCUCUGAAUUCAAAAAUAUGAUGUCCUCUAAGCUUACUCCCUCAUCAACAUGA